AUGCAAGUUCUACUUCUGCCGCUGCAGGUUCUUCCUCUGACAGACCUGCAGAACCGCCUCAUGCUGGCAUCGGAUGAUGUCCCGUGUGCUUGGGGUGUGCAGGCGGUAUGCCUUCAUGCCCCUACAAGCCACUACUACUUUUGGGACCCAGCAGGCUUCACAGGAGAUGGAAGUGUGGAGAACUUUCAGCGACGUUGUCAGACCGAGUUCAGAGCACCCAUCCCGGACACCUGGCGCAGGUACAGCAAAGGAGGCGAAUGGCUGUUUGGCCUCACGUGUUUCCAGCCUUUACAUUGGUAUUGGUCCACGAUCACUUGGAACAACGAUCCAGGGGCAGACCAGCAAGUCUCUUGGUUAGAGCUAGCUCUUGAUUUUCACGCUAGCACGCACUGUGCUUUACUUCGACCUGAGCAGGACCCAGCCACGCAGACUGCGUUCACCAUGGCUUUGUUCUUUGAAGGUGCUAGCAAGAGAUUGGGAAAAAUUUGCCAACAAACAGUUUACCCUGGCGAAGCCGUUGAGCAUGUCAAUGCUCUCACAGCCUUAGGAUUCGGACGCGCAUCCGGAUUGACAAAACGACCAUGCUUGCACCAACCAGAAUAUGUACACAAAGUUCUUGGAGAGAUAGCGCUGACCAGAGCAAAGGGUGCUCUCAAGUUUCGACAGCUUAAAAUUGACUUGCCCCCGGCACCCAUCAUCAAGUAUGCGCCCUUUCAACGUAGAAGGCUCACAGGCAAACAAGCUGCACCCGCAGCUUACCAGACACAAAAAGCCCGCAGAAAAUUAACUUCCUUCAAAGCUUUGCUAGCAGAUCUGUUCAUUGUGCUCCUCACCGUCUUUACCAAGAUGUGCUGGCAGCUUGCCAGCCGCUCGGGCUUCUGCCCUUCACGUUGUCGCAUGCUCCUGUGUUUGGGUGUGAGACACCUCCCCGGGAGGAAGGAAGAAGAAGCACGCAUUUCGGAUCAAGGAACCUUGCUUGCAGUUAGUGUGAGAGCUAGAGGCGAACCCAGCCCGGUCCUGUUGAGUCCGGAGACUCAGGUUCAAAAUCUGAUCCGCAAGGCUCGCAAAAAGCGGCAGGGUAACAAACGGAAGAAACUCAAACGUUUUGAGGCAGUAAAAAGGGCACAUAAGGAUAGGGCCAAAAGGUUGCGAAAACAGAGCAAGGCGGCGAAACGUCUGAAACUGAUUACGUGGAAUACCCGGGGGUGGGGUGCAGUAUAUUCCAAAUAUGACCCAUGGAUUAAGACACAAUGUCUUUUGGCUUGCUUGGAACGUCAAGGGGCGGGUCUUGCAAUUCUGUCCGAUAUUAAGUUUCGAACCAACGGACUUCGCAUGUAUAGGACGGACUUACAGGUGUGGGGGGUGUUGGUGGUGGGGCCGGUCGCUUUUGCUAUGAACGCACACUGGCUCGCAUGGUGGAGGUCCAGUGGGGGAAAAUUUUACGUAGGAUCAACAGUGGCGGGGGAAAAACAACGCGCAGCCGGAAUCUACUUCGGUAGGGUGGGGUGGCGACGGGGGCUUUAUAUCGUAGGCCUUUACGCACCUACCACUGAUUCCACUCUGGGGGAGAGGCAAGGCUUACAUCGGCAGGUUCAGGAGCUUUUGGAUCAAGCACCGGGGAGUUCGAUACAGAUGGUGGCCGGUGAUUUUAAUGCUGAAUUUGGUCGGGCUUCGGAUGGGGGAUGGGCAGAUGUGCUGGGACCUUUUGGGUUGCCCCGGAGGUCGAUCCCGGGAGGGGAAUGGUUGGAUUGGUGUCGUACACAUGGUUUUCUCGACGCGGCGAGUCAGUAUGAACAGAGGUUUAGAGGGACAUGGUGGCACCCCAGGUAUCGUACCGAACAUGUGUUGGAUCAUUUUCUACUGGACAAACGACACCGCUGGCACCUGGUUUCAUGUAAGGCAGUCCAUAUAGAGGAAUCGCGACCAGGUUCAGGACGAUGGUUUUGGGACCCAUACACGGACCACCACCCAGAGGCGGCAAUGGAGGUAUUGGGCCCCGCGCCACAGGUCAAGGUGAAGCCUUGGAUCGAAGGUCAUUGGGAGCAACUACAGGAAUUGGAUCGCCGGGAACGGGCAGCUUGGCGGGAACACUUUAGGAAAAUUCAGGAGGGCACAGGGGAGGAUGGAUUUAUGGCCGAAUUUUUGAAGUAUGGUGGCCCGUUGUUAAUGGACCAGGUCUUCAACGUUGUUUUGACGGCGUGGCGGGAGGCUCAACAGGCGGAGGCGGGGCAAGAGGCGGGGACUUGGCCUACUGAAUGGACGGUUGGGGUGGUGGUACCGCUCUGGAAACAAAAGGGAGUACGGGAGGAUCGCAACACGUGGAUUGUGGAGGAAAUUGCACGGGUCACGUCGGAUGAGGUGGUUUUGUUUCGGUUCUUCGACAUAGAAAAAGCGUAUCCCAGGGUAUGCCGACCGGCCAUGUGGGACGUGCUCAAAAGGCAAAGUGUUUCACCUUGGUAUGGCGUUUCGGCGCUGGAGCCGAUCGGAUUGAACGUCAUAUCUCGACUUUUCUUAAUGCAGCGUUGGCAGAGGCUAAUAGGACCAAGGGAGGAGGUAAAAUUCAGUGCUGGCGUGACAAAACACGAGGAGAAAAACGCCGCAGGGCCCAGGCCAGACAGGAACGAGAAGGAGGAGAGGGAGGAGGAGCUGAGGCGGGUAAAGGGAAAGCGGGACGUGGCAAAGGUAAGAUGGCAGGUGAUGGUCGAGGACGGGGAAAAGGGAAAGCCGCUGGUCGUGGUAAAGGUAAGGGACGCGGAGGCCGCAAAGGCGGUCGUAAGUAAACAUGCAAUGGCACCGCCCGGGGUCGAUGCCUGCCCGGGUGGUUUAGAGAAUAUGGGCAUCAAGGUGGUUGGACAAGAGGGGGUGAAGAACUCCUUGUUUUUUGCGAACAAGAAGGCUCCCCACAUGGUAGAGGUAGACAGGUUUCGCAUACUGCCCCCACUUCCAGUCACCGCCCUGCGCCUCUCCCCUCGGAUGAUGAAGCAAACUGCUCCCCCGGCCCGUGGCCCUGCCCUGUGUGUGACUACGCGGUUGUCCCGGCAGGGGGCUCUGAUGUCGCAGGUUACGGCCAUCGCAGAAGCCCUGAUAUGGUUAGAUACAGAGGCCCCGGGCCCUGAACAUAUCCCAGCAACUCUUUGGUACGACUCGACCUAUGCAGUGGUGGACGCAGCUUGGCUCGACCCGUUGCACAUCAAUGGUGGCAUCCAGGACAACCCAUGGAUCACUGCCACCUACUCCAUGUACUUUUCAAUGCUCAUCUCUAUGGCGAUGAUGCUGCAAAGCUUUGUUUGGUCUGGGCGGUUGACUAUCACGGUUGGGACCAAGUCCUCCGCUUUCGAGUCUCCGGAUUCGAAAAGCUCUCGAACCGAUGCCACGAAAUUUCCAGGGGCUCACGCGAGUUCUGGCGUCUUAAACAUGAGGAACUCCAGCUCCAAGAAUCUCUACCUGACCAUCCUACUGACCACGGACUUGCUCCUUCACCGCUUCGACUGCCUCGGGGGGCGUGAAGCUGUAACAGCUUCCCUUGCACCCAAUCUUCAAGGCAAAGCUGCUCCGGCUUUCCUUGAAGGCUUGGCAGUGACAGCUGAAGCCGACGGGGCUGUUGGCCAGGCGGAAAUGGAGGAAAUUGGGAGCAAAAUGGCAGAGCAGCUUUCCUUUAGUUGCAUGGGCAAUCUUGCGCAAUAUUUAGUGACAUCAGAAGCUGGCAUUCAAAAGGAAAACUUUAUGAAGCAUCAGCUGACUUGGCCUGCUAUCACAGGCUGUUUCUGCCUGGAAUAUACCUCACAGACUGGUUCGGUCUGGGGGUAUGCCAAACCCUAUGGAGUCAGGGUGGGCGCCCAUGCUUUGUAUCGACUGCGGUGGCGUCUUAUAACCAAGUAUGGGAGUUUCAAGUACGAAGGCGAGGACAUCUACAAGGCGACGAUGGAAGGAAACGCCCUCGGUCCGCAUGGCCCUAGCCAUCGGACCAACCGCGGCCUUCAACUGUGCCAAUUCUGCAACGAACAUGGCUUGGCCGUCGCCAACACAUGGACGCCACAACGCACCAAGGUCUUUGGAUUCACUGAAUCUCAAGGGGGUAAACCCUGGUGCGCAGAACGUCAAAAUGAGAUCAAACGUCUCAAUUCACACGUCUCCACUGCCAAACACAACCUCAUCGCUUGCACCCAAGCUGCACGCGACCAGCCAUACAACCCCGACGCACAGCGCCAACAACAACUCGCCAAACAGUCGCUCAAUACAGCCAAACGAGUAAAACGACGACUCUUCACACAAUGGGAACGCGAUUAUUGGCACACAAUCGGACAGCAAGCCGAAGAUGCCGAAACACGCGGCGAUACCUACGCCCUUUACUCCCUCUUCUCUAAGCUUAAGGUUCGCAAAGCCAACAGCACCCGCAGCUCCCUGCGCAAUGUCAGCCGCAACCCUUUCGCUGAACAACAAGGCUUCCGCAGGAAUCGGGGGGUAGACGAUGUUCUGCAAGUGAGUCGGCGAAUUGCCGAAGAAAUCUGCAGCUCGCGCGGCACUGACAAUGUGAAAUUAACCUUGUACGAUAUCGAGAAAGCGUAUCCCCGCAUAAACCGUGAAGCGCUAUGGUCCCUUCUACAAAAGCGAGGGGGCAUCUUGUCCGAUACCGGUGCCCAAUGGCGAGACACCCUACACAGAUGUAUGCAGGCCCGACGCCGCGCCAAGGAAAUCGCAAAAGCAUGGUCUACGGGCACGCACCGGGGGCGAGGGGACACCAGCCGCGUCAAACUCCUGGCUCGACAGUUCUUCGGUGACUUUUUGCAGGGGCAUCGGAACGGCCAUCUGAGCAAACAGGUGUGCAAACUUCUGCGCUCGCUGAACCUGCCACGGGGACUACAGAUCACAAACAUGAGGCCUGGUGAGGAUCCGGUUCCGCCCAGCGGGCAGAACCAGACCCUAUGCUUCGAUGUCAGACCCGGUGAAUCGGGGUCCGGUGUGGGGUCCUUGGGUCCGGUUCCGCCCAGCGGGCAGAACCAGUUCCAAGAUGACAUCUUGGGGAACAUCUUGACAAUGGAUGGCGACGGGGAAAAAGAAAUUGAAGCAUCGCAGCGGGAGAGCGCGGACAUACAUCCCAUGGACUUCUUUCGCUUAGCCCAAAACAUGGACGUCACCAAAUGGGAACAGCUAAUUAAACGCGCAUUCCCCCAACCUCGCCUUACCCCCGCUUCCGCCCGCACGCUCAACCACUGGCGCCGCGACCGCCCUCUUCCAGAUCACAGUCACCUGCGCUUUCGUCGAACCCGGAAUACGUGGCAUACCCCUGCGAGCAGAGUGCCAGUGAACGCAUGCCCCGUAUGCCUGAAGCAAUUCCCAACGCUACAAGCACUGAAACACCACUACCGACUCACCCAUGCCAUCACUGAUCCCGCCCUCACCACCUUCUCCAGUUACCAAUGCAGCGAAUGCCGCCAAACCUUCACUACACCCCAUGCACGCCUCAAUCACGAAUGCAGAAUACUUUACGCAAUACCAGAUGCAGACGACACGGACCUAUUCGGCUGGAGACCGUACACUCCCCCCCUCAUCGACCCACUCCCCCAAGCAUGGACACUCUACACUGAUGGAUCUUUCAACCCCCACGUCCCGCAAAACGCUGGCUGGGGAGUGGCAGUCUACCGUAGCGACGAUCCCGCUGACACCCACUGCCUCUUCGACCUGUACGCCCCUGUCUGUCUUGACAAAGAGGAUCAACGCUUUCUAGGAGCCGAGCAGGCCAGCAACAACACAGGUGAACUCAGCGCCAUCGCCGAGGCCUUACUGUGGCUUAAGGACGAAUGCCCGGGCCCAGCUAGUAUCCCUGCAGAAAUCGUCUAUGACUCAAACUACGCUGCGGACCUCACUCUCGGUGUCACCGAACCCCAUGCCAAUAAGGAACUUGCCCAACACUGUCAAAUGGACCUGCCCUCGGUGCAACUGGAAGCUGAUCAAGCAUGUGGGGCAAGGAUUGACCGGGAAAUGGCGGGGAUUGACCGGGAAAUGGCGGGGAUUGACCGGGAAAUGGCGCGGAAACAAACAUGGAUCGCGACGAUGCUGCUCUUGUUUCACUUUGCUGUUGCUGGUGCCAACGCGCGACUUUGA